AUGGCAACACGAACGCAGCGGCUCGCUCAGCCCAAACACAACCAUCUCAGAUCUCCAGAUCGCCGAUCUGUUUACUGGCUGGACAAAUUGCCACAACAAAGGACUGAAUCUGCUACAAAAAUUGAGUUAACCCCUCUCUGGUCAGACUUGGCCCGAAGUAAAAAGUUCUACAAUCAAGUCGUAAUUUCUCCCAUAUGGGAGGUGAGUCGAUGGGCUCUCCGGGCCGAGCCGUCGGAGCGGCUGUGUGUUCUGGCUCAACCUCGGGGCCCUGCAGCCGGCUGGCAGCCUGAGCGCCCUCUACCGACCCCUGUGAGUAAAACACGUCAGAAGAUUUCGUUAGCGCGUUCUUAUUUUUGCCAAUCCCCGAAGCAAAACCACCACCAGUGGGAAGGAGCGCGCCCGGCGUGCUGGCCUGUGUCCAGAGCAGCCAGGAGCUGCGUGGCCUCGCAGAGACUCGUUCAACUGUCCUGCCCUAAAACGAGGACCGCUCUGUGUGCGGGUUAUGACCCGAACGUUGUCAGCCGGGCAGCUCUCUCUGCCAGGCCCUCUCCUCGAAUACAAGAACUCAGUCUGCCUCUGCCUCGCAAAUGUACUUCAAGAGAAUAA